CAACAAUAUUAACUCAUAGAUAGUAGAAGUAAAAGCUUACCUCUAAAUUACAGUAAAAAAUAAACAAGUAUGUUGUCCUGUAAUAUAAUAUAAUAGCACAGCUUCCAACUACUGAGAAUGACCCUGCAACAAAAAGGGAUUUCUUCGUUUUUUACCAUAUGAGGUAAAUGCACACGGUCCCUAACAUCGCGAGAGGUCACAGAUUCCGGUACGUUUUGGUGAUGACAUACUUCAGAGUUUCAGCUUUUCAGCUCUUGAAGAUGUCUGAUGCUUGCACCUCUGAACCUGCAGGAGCCAUCAAGGCCAUUGACAAACAAUCAGUGCAUCAAAUCUGCUCAGGACAGGUAGUGCUGACUUUGGCCACUGCUGUCAAAGAGCUGGUGGAAAACAGCAUCGAUGCAGGGGCCACCAACGUUGAUGUCAGGCUGAAGGAGUGUGGAGCUGAACUAGUGGAAGUGUCAGACAAUGGCAAAGGAGUAGAAGAGGCCAACUUUGAAGGACUGACGUUGAAGCAUCACACGUCAAAGCUGAGAGAUUUCUCUGAUCUUAUUCAUGUGGAAACAUUUGGCUUCAGAGGUGAAGCCCUCAGCUCUUUAUGUGCUCUGAGUGUCCUGAGUGUGGUGACAUGCCACGAGUCCAGCCAGGUGGGGACCAAGCUGGUGUUUGACCACAAAGGCCACCUAGUCCAGCAGUCACCUCACCCCCGGCAGCAAGGCACCACAGUCAGCCUGCAGCAGCUCUUCUACACUCUGCCUGUUCGAUACAAGGAGUUCCAGCGCAAUAUUAAGAAGGAGUAUGCGAAAAUGCUACACAUACUGCAGUCCUACUGUAUCAUCUCUGUAGGAGUGCGUAUUACCUGCUCCAACCAAAAUGGCCAAGGAAAGCGCAGCACAGUCCUCAGCACCAGUGGCAGCCAGAGUAUGAGAGACAACAUCGGGGCCAUAUAUGGACCAAAACAGCUCCAGAGUCUUCUGCCUUUUCAGCAAGUGUCUCCUGCAGAAACUGUCAUUGAAGAAUACGGACUCCAAGAUGCAGAGCUACCCAAACAGCUCUUUUCCAUGACAGGGUUUGUGUCACGAGGAGACCAUGGUGUUGGGAGGAGUGCGACAGACAGGCAGUUCUUUUUCAUUAACAACCGACCGUGUGAUCCUGUUAAGGUGACCAAACUUGUGAAUGAAGUGUAUCACAUGUACAACCGGCAUCAAUACCCGUUUGUCGCCUUGAACAUAGCCGUUGCCUCGGAGUGUGUGGACGUGAACGUAACUCCAGACAAACGACAGAUUUUCCUUCAGGAGGAGAAACUCUUGUUGGCUAUUCUGAAGUCGUCUCUCGUCAACAUGUAUGAGGCGGGAGUCAAUAAGAUCAGCAUGAACUAUACACUCAAACCCAGCAUCAAGACUGACAUGUGUCAGGAUGUCCCGUCAAAUGAGAACAUGCCAGAACCUGGAGGGGACGUGGAACAUGCGACUCGCUGCUCAAAGUCGUCCCUGAACCUGGCCGGCCUAAAAGCUGCUUUUUCAAGCUAUCACAACUCUGGGAACAAGUCAAGCGGGGGAAAAGCUGCCAACGGUGGCCCGACACAAAAAACACUGCAGUCUUUUUUUAAGGACACAGUCAAACCUCCAACGUGCAACCCGAGUGCAGCAUCUCCUUUAAAAGCCACAAGAGAUGACGCUAAACGCUCCCCAGCGGGAAAGUCUGUGCUGGAUGGGUUUAGGUACGGAAAGAUGUCGUGCAGCGAAGCAGACUCUGAAGAAGACAGCAGCGUGUCCAGUCGUGACGUCGCCGUGCCAGAGUUCAGUUCUCCGGAGACUGUCGGCGUUACAAACGAAACAGUCGAAGCAACGUCAGACAGCGUUCACACUGCUCCUGAACUCUCGCAGACUGAGCCAUGCACGUCCAAUGAGGACUGUCCUAUGAGCCCAGAUGCCAAGAGGGCCAGGAAAGAGGAACCCCAUUCCCCAGCAGAACACGAGUCCAACGCUUUUUCAAACUCUUCCUUGGCGGUGGAUGCUCCAGUCUGCCGACAGAAGAGGACGGUGGCCCUCCAGUUCUCUUUACAAGAGCUGGCGGGGAAGGUGAAGAGGUUACAGGACCUGCAGAAGCAGAGGGCCGGUGAUGAUCUGCUCUAUCGACGCUUCAGGGCCAAGAUCAACCCCGGAGAAAACCAAAGUGCGGAGGAAGAGCUCAAGAAAGAGAUCAGUAAAGACAUGUUCAAAGAGAUGGAGAUCAUCGGUCAGUUUAACCUCGGCUUCAUUAUCACCAAACUCAACUCGGACGUCUUCAUGAUUGACCAGCACGCCUCGGAUGAGAAAUACAACUUUGAGAUGCUGCAGCAGCACACUGUGCUCCAAGGACAGAAACUCAUCGUCCCUCAGAAGCUUCACCUCACUGCUGUCAGCGAAAAUGUUCUCAUGGAGAACAUUGAGAUUUUCAGAAAGAACGGCUUUGAAUUUCUGGUCGAUGAGGACGCUCAGGUGAUGGAGAGGGUGAAGCUGGUGUCCCUGCCCACCAGCAAGAACUGGACAUUCGGCCCAGCCGACAUUGAAGAGCUGAUCUUCAUGUUGAGUGACAGCCCGGGGGUCAUGUGUCGACCGUCCCGCGUCAGGCAGAUGUUUGCCUCCCGAGCUUGUCGAAAAUCAGUGAUGAUUGGCACUGCUCUGAGUGUCAGUGAGAUGAAGAAGCUCCUGGUUCACAUGGGGGAGAUUGAGCAACCAUGGAACUGUCCUCAUGGCAGGCCCACCAUGAGACACCUCGCCAACCUGGACAUCAUCUCGCAAGACUGAGCGUGUGGAGUUAGAGAAUUACACGAGCUCAAUGUACUUAUUCCAGUUGAACAUGACCUUUGCACUGAUACACAGACUGAGUCCAAACCACAGAUACUGUUCAAAUGUUUGGUGUGUUUUUAUUUUCUGUUAUGUUCUGCUUUUAUUGCUAUUAUGCAUCCCACAUUUUUAUAUUUUAACAUUUAUUAAUUAGGUAAAUAAACAAUAUGUGUCACUU